UCUCAGGACCACUUCCCGUGUCUGUCUGCCACCACCGCCAGCCACCCCCGAAGAGCCAUGAUCCGCCCUUGGGUUCUCUGUCUCCUCCUCGUUUCUUACCCCUCUGCCUGUUCUGAGAGUUGGGUGCCGCUCAUAAACCUCGCCCACCGCUUCCUCAAGGACACCAACUCCUCCUUCUCUUCUGACUGCUGGGUCUGUUUGCCCAUCCAAACCCAGCGCUCUCUUGCCGUCCCAGCCCCACUAACAACUUGGACCGACUCACCCAUGAAACUUCAUAUUACAUACUCGACCUGGACCCUCUCCGGCCCUUAUCCUAUCGCCGACCUUGAAAAACGCCUCCUGAAUUUCCAACCUUUAACUGCGCAUUACUCAUUCGCCAAUCCCGACCGGCGGGCCAUUGCUCUUCUUCAGCUCACGAGCUUAACAGGCAUACUCCCGCUACUUUCCCGACUCACCUCUGUGAAAUAUACUGAUGACCGCAUCUAUGAAUCCGCCCAGCGCCCCAUAUGGGGGCCGCUCUCUACGCAGACCCUUCUCGCCUCCCAGGCCCCUCUCUGUGUAUCCCGUUUCUUCAAGGAUUCAAAAUAUGCCACCUUCGUGGGCAAUCUCUCUGCCUCCCUCUGCAACCACACCUUCCGUCUUUUGCCCUCGGCGGACCACCAAUCCAUUGAUCUGUCCACCAGCUAUGCGUUUGCCGAACUAACCACUAUGCCAGGCUCUAAGUGGAGAAACCCCUUACGCUUUUCAGGACCCCCUUCCCUAACCGCAGGGCAGCCUUACUACCCUUGCCCGGUCAAUGACAUCCAUUGUCACACCUACCCAACCACUCCCUGGAGGCACUGUCCUUCCCGUCCAUCAAGCACCUGCUACAACCUCACGCUGUUUGAACCAGCCAACAGAAAUGACUCCAUCACCCUGUCUGUGGACACCACAUACUUCAAAAUGAAACUCCAGGGACACAAAGAUCCCUAUCCACUCUUUCAGUACCAGCCCCUCAUGGGGGCAGCCCUCUCUGGACAAUAUUCAAUCUGGGAAUAUGAACCCACCAUCCAGGAAAAUGGGGACGUCACCCCAAACAUCUUCUCACAUCUUCUCUCCUUAACGUACUCCUUUUGUCUCAAUUCCUCCGGCGUAUUCUUCCUCUGCGGAAGCUCCACGUACGUCUGUCUUCCGGCCAAUUGGUCGGGUGUCUGUACCCUUGUCUUUCAAUACCCAAACAUUGAACUCCUUCCCAGUAACCAAACCAUAACCGUCCCCCUUUUCGCUACAAUUCCCUCCUCGGUCUCCACUUCUCGCGGGAAGAGAGCCGUUCACCUCCUCCCUCUUCUUGUGGGCCUGGGCAUCACUUCCGCCCUCGGGUUAAGCAUCGCUGGCGUCACCACUUCAACCAUCUAUUUCCAACAGCUUUCGAAGGCUCUCUCAGACAGCCUAGACGAAAUAGCCACCUCCAUUAUUACCCUCCAAGACCAAAUAGACUCGCUGGCGGGCAUCGUCCUCCAAAACCGGAGAGCUCUCGACCUCAUCACGGCCGAGAAAGGGGGCACCUGCCUCUUCCUGCAGGAAGAGUGCUGCUUCUAUGUAAACCAGUCUGGAGUAGUCCGGGACGCAGCCAGGAAACUCGGAGAAAGAGCAUCUGAAUUCCGCCCGAGCUCCAGCUCUUGGAUCCAGGAGCUGGGGUUGGGAUACUGGCUGCCCUCGUGGUUGUCAUCCCUCUUGGGACCCAUUUUCUUUCUCCUCUUUCUGCUCAUUUUCGGGCCUUGUCUUCUUAACUGCCUGACUCAUUUUGUAUCCCAGCGAAUGAGUUCUUUCAUACAGAACACUACCAAAGGGCACGUGGACAAGAUUCUUCUGCUUCGAGAUUCCCAAUACAAGAGACUUCCCCAGCAGCCCUCGGAGGAGAACGCAGUCUAGCAGGAAGGAACCUGAGCCACAGCUACCUCCCAUCUCUAUUUACCGACCUGAAGAAAUAAACAUCAUCGAUGUUAGCCAUGUGCACGCCAUUUUGAAAACCUCCAUUUUGCUUAAAUGGCAGUUUCCCCCUAAACCACAGCAAUUAGAAUUCUAGGCGCUCUUUUUUUUGAUGUCCGUUAUCCCUUGCACCCCUCAUAAUGGCUGACCCUUGACUAUGUUUGUGAUCACCCAGCAUCUCCAGUCACUGCUCAUGACUCUUUGACCCCUGAUCACUUCCAGCAGCAGAAACUUUUGGCCCCCACCCCCACUCUCCCAAAUCUGUAAUCAUAGAUCUCCCUUCCCAACAUUUUUCUUGGCUCAAACCCAUCCUGAUGUAGAAGUUGCUUAUUUCCUUGUUGGUCUUUCCUUCCUUGGACUUUUCAGCCACCACCCUGUGGGCUUCUGAACCAGAGGAACUUAUCUGGUUGCUGGCUCCCCAGUUCCAGGGACAAGGGUCAACCUUGAAUAUAUUUCCCCUGCUGCUGCUGCUGCCAAAUGCACAGAACUGAGAAUCUUCUAGACAGCUAAGUUAACUUGAUUUACAAGGGACUCUAUUAUUCCAAACGUAGGCGGUGGUCCCAAAUAUAGGCAGUGGUCCUACCUCUUGCCACAUGUCCUUUCUGUUAAGGGGAG